AUGAAGCGGCGGACAUGUUGGAAGUUGGAGUUAAUACUAAUACUGAAAGUGGUCCACUUGUCGCUGCAAAUAAACUACGAAUUCGAGCUUGAGGACGAAUCAAUCUACACCAACUGCAGCGGCGUUCCACCCGGAACUCUCAAUAUAGAUGGGCUCUUUGACUUGACCAACUACAGCACCACAAUGACGCAGGAUGGGAUUUUGGUGUCGGGAAGCCUGACAACCGUGUUCAAUGCCCAGCCAUCGGAUCGCAUCGAGCUGACUGGAAGCCUACUCUACUUCGACCGAGGUGUGUGGCAGCCGACCACAUUGAAUAUGAAUAUGAGGGACUUCUGCGCCGUAAUGUACGACAAAAAGCAGGUUUGGUACUCAGAUUGGUCCGCGCAUGUCACGAAUAGCGACGCGAUUAAGAAGAACUGCAUCAAGGUGCACGGUACAUUAUUACUAAUAGAAACCUACCAUCUGAAGAUAGGUUUUGGCAGUGGCGUACCACUGAUUACUGGCCGAUACAGCAUUCGCGUUCAGAUAUUCGCAUUUGACCGGAAGGGCAAAAAGCGGCCUCGUGAUGUCUGCUACGAAGUGAAAGGAAAUUUUUAUAAGACUUGA